AUUUCAUCGCUAUAAAACUCCAAAACCAAAGUUGAAUUUAGGGUUUCCACCUCUUUCGAUUCGUAUCCAUUUCCCCCCAACCCCCAAAUUCAUCAUAUAUGGAGAAAAAGGUACGCUGAUCAUUCAAUUCCUUUCAAUUCAUGUCCAAUUUGCCUUUAAUUGAUUAUCGUGCUUCGAAUCUGUUUCCGUCGCUUUCCAAUUGUAAUCUUGUUCAGAUUUUGAAAAAUAAAUUAUUGAUUCGAAUUUAAUUCCAAAUGAAUUCAAUUCGAAUAUACCCACUGGCAUGAUUGACGAUACUGUCUAAUUUUUGCUGAAUUUGGCCACCAUGAGCUGGAAUGAUGGUUGGUUGUUCUCGAUCUUGAUCUGAAUUUUGGGUGGCUUCAUAAAACUUCAAUUGUUUUGCUAUACAAUUCGUAGAUUUAGUGAUGGAUUUGGAAAGUGAGUGUUCGGUACAUGAAUCUGUGGAAGAUAAUGAGUUGAUAAACCCUGAGAGAUUGGAGAAUGUUGAGGAAGUCAAGGUUGAAAAUAAUGGGUCAUGUGGUGGUGGUGAUUAUCAUGAACAUGUUGGUGAUGAAUUUUUGGGUGAUAUGAAACCGAACGAUGUUGAAGCUUCGGAGUCGGUGAAUUCACCUCCAUUGACUGUUGGGUCUCCUGGCGUUGCGGUGGAGUCAUCCUCCCCUGCGACGAGGAAAGGGUAUGGAUUGAAGAAAUGGAGGCGGAUCAAGAGGGAAUUCAGUAAGGAUGGGAGUCCUGAUAUUGAUACCAAUAAAAUCCUGAAGCGGGGUUUGUCAAGUGCAGUAAUGAAUUCAACAAAACCUAAGAAUUUCUCCGUUGAGACGAAGCAAAAGAGCGAGGGAUCUGUUUCAUCCACGAAUGCUGUGGUCAAAAGUCCUGGCACCACAGUUGAUGGUUUUUCAAUGCUUGGCCGAAAUUUGGAUACUGGAUUGGAAGUCGGACCCACUUUUGCUGCUGGGACCGAUUCUGAGAACAGUGAGGACCGGAGUAGUAAAUCUUCCACGGCAGCUAGUGCCCCAAAGUUGAGGUCCGAAAUCCCUGCUGUAGUGGGUUUUGCACGCGAUAAUAACCGGAUGAGGAGUCUGAGAGGGAAGAAUAUUGGUAAUUCAGUUCAACGGGUUCAGCAGGUAAAGGGUCGCACUGAAACCAGUAAGAAGCCUAGAGGAGAAGGGGUCAAAAUUAAGAAGGAAAACUCUCAUUCCAGCAUGGAAUCUGACUCGAGAAGCUCCAACUUUGUCUUUAUGCAGGGCGCUAAUUCUGUGACUAGUAAUGGAAGACAAAUUGGAAGGUCAAUGAAUUACAAUGGUGAAAACAGUGAUGAAGCUCAUGGUGGUGAUUCUGGUGAACAACAGUUCAGCAAGGAGCUUCAAAGUGGUUAUGGCAAAGAAAGUGUGCAAGAAUUUGAAGUUCUCUCUCAAAAUGAUUUAGCUGCUGACUUGUCUUGGGAUGUUAAGGAAGAAAAAAGUGAGAAUAAUAGAUCCUCGAUGGAUCAGGAUCCACUGCUUGAGUCUCUCCUCACUCUCCAGUCUGCACAGGGAGCACUAGAAAAAGAAAUUCAGAAACUAAUGGAGAUUGGAAAGGAAGAUAAUAGUAUUGUUUCUUCAGAGUUUGCUGCUGUCGAUCCAAAUAUCCUUGAAGCAAGCUCGUCAGAUCAGUUGCACUGUGAAGAGAUUGGACAAAGUACUCUUUGCUUGGAAAAGCAGGUAAUUAGCUUAAAACAGAAUGCAAGUCUUUUGGAAAGCAAGCUUGAAGAGUCGAGGGCCAUGCUCAAGGAGAAGGAAGCCAAGGUUAUUGAACUUGAAGCCACUUUAGAGAGUAACAAGACCCAAAAGGAAAAGACGGAAAGCAACAUAGAUUUGCAGCAGAAGAACUAUCAUGAGAUGGAGGCCGAGAUUGAGGGUCUUUUUAAGCAAAAGAUUGAAGCUGAGGUUGAGUAUAUAGCAAUAUCAAGAACAAUCCAGAAGUUGAGAGUUGCGGCAGUGGAUCAAAUCACACUGUAUGAACAACAAAAAUCUCUAGCUUUAGAGCAAGCCCAAAUGUUGAACACGCUCGAAGAUGCAGAAAGCAUGGGUGCACUGCUAAAGAGACAAGCUGAGAAGUUGCAAGGUUGUCGUGAAGAUAUCAUAGAGAACGAUGAGGUUCUCAAUCUGGAGAAGAGGAUAUGUAAUGUUACAUCGAUGCUUAUUAUACAGUUUAUACUGCUGGUUGUAGCCUUUGUACUGCUUCUCUUGCGCUUAUCACCCCAUAAUGCAGGGGUUGUACCCACCUAGUUUUGAGAACAUGUAGUUCCUUUUUUUUUUUUGGUAUUUUUCAAUAUCUCUAAGCAGAUGUUUGAAUGUCAAAUUAGUUUGUUGUAGAAGUUUUGAGUUAGAUCCAACACACCUUGUCUCAUCUAUUUUUGUUCAUUGUAUUUUCUUUCAUUGUA